GCUGUACACAAAUCACAAAGGACACGCAAUGAUGUAGAGCAUCAUUUCGCUAAUUGACAGGGGACUUGAACACAUUGCUGUUAAUUUUCUUCCUGCUACAAAGUGUGGUGCUGAAGUUCACAGCUAUGCCUCAAGAAGGGAAGUCUGACAUGGAGAGGAUAGGGCUCUUCAAAGAGAUGGGAUACAUCAGCACUGGGGACAAAUAUGUCCCUUUUGUUUACAGACCUUUCAAUGAGUCUGCCUAUAAAAACAAACAAAUACUGAGCAGCGUACCAAAGAAAAAGUGCGGAUUACAAGUGGGUUACUUUGAGUCUCAGUAUAGAAGGAUCUUUGAAGGGGAAGCAUUCGCGGACCCUGGGAAACUUCGAAGGCAGUACAAAAUGCAACAGGCCAAGCGUAAUGUAGGGAAGGCCUUUCUACCAAGCAGUGGAGAACAGAGACCGUCUGGGGCUGGCAGUUACUAUGGGACACUGAGCGGACCUGUCAAAGCCAUGAGUGCAUUGCAGAUUGCUAGAAAACCCUACAAAGCACCAGGGAAGAAUUUUGUAACAAACCCACCAAAAAAAGGAAGUGGAUACGGGUAUCCAAAUGUCACUCUGUCGAAACUUGAAUCUUAUUCUGCUGACCCCUAUGACAGAACAAGAGAGAUUUUAAAGAGAGAGAUGCGAGCGCACAGGUCCUUGAUGAAAGGACCUGCCUUCCAUUUCAACCUUCAUCCAAUGGAGUAUUUUGAUAAUAAUCCAUAUAAGGCUGACAGGCCACUACCACCCAUGAAAAACCCUGAAAAAAUAAAGGCUUCUUUGGUUCCUUUCAGACCAAGCUCACCUGGAAAAAGGAUUGGAGGAAUGAAGGCAGGAACAUUUGAGGCGUACCCUUCCCACUCUGCUGACGCUUAUGGCUUGAAAACAUCAAGAGCUGCAUCAGUGAAAAAGGACGGAAAGGUUUUCCAUCCUUCCUCUGGGCCAAAGAGUAUGCCAGUUAAGAGUAUCCUUGAUAUGAAUGUCCUCAGGUAACAUU